AUGCCACCACUGUCCUCUCGGCCUGCUCCCCAUCUCAACUCCCAGGGAGAGGCGGGGAUCCUCUCUGCCGCCCUGGCCCGAAGGAGGCAGAAGCGCGGAGGGGCACCCCCUGACCCCAUCAGCUUCUACCGCCUAGAAGAGCCAUCUUCCCUCUCCCUGGGGACGCAGGCAGCCCUCCCCACUGCCAGGUACCAGUCCCCUCUUGGCAGCCAGCAGUCAGCCAGGCACCUGCCCCCUCCCCGCCGCAUGAGGUGCCACUUCCCCAGCCUCCAGCAAACCCUCCCCUCCCGUGGUAGAGACCACAUCAGGAGGCUUACGGACAGCAGGGGCCCCUUGUUCCUUGGGAGCGGGCGUCUUCUGGUAGGAGAGGCAGGACGGCUGCUGACGGGCGUGUCUUGGAAGAUGGCACCGGAACCGUUCUUGAAGGAGGGGGCAGCAGCGGCCCUCCAGGCUGCCUCUGGAAUUGGAGGGCAGGCUGCCUCCCCAGGCUUUGGAAGAAGUGGCCUCUUGCUGCUGCUGCUGUGCCUUCUCUGUGCCCCAGACCGUCCGCCCACAGCCCAGUCCCUGCUGGGGGCAUCUGGGGGGUCCGGCCUGGGGACAUCUGGGGACGGUGGUCUGCCAGGCACUGGGCGUGUGAAACGUGGCUGGGUCUGGAACCAGUUCUUCGUGGUGGAGGAGUACACGGGCACAGAGCCACUGUACGUGGGGAAGAUUCACUCAGACUCAGACGAGGGGGACGGCUCCAUCAAGUACACUAUCUCUGGAGAGGGUGCCGGCACCAUCUUCCUGAUUGAUGAGCUGACGGGGGACAUUCACGCCACAGAACGUCUCGAUCGCGAGCGGAAAACCUUCUACACCCUGCAAGCUCAGGCACGGGACCGCCAGACCAACCAGCUGCUGGAGCCCGAGUCGGAGUUUGUCAUCAAGGUGCAGGACAUCAAUGACAGCGAGCCCCGGUUCCUGGGGGGCCCCUACAUCGGGAGCGUGGCCGAGCUCUCCCCCGUUGGGACCUCGGUGAUGCAGGUCCUGGCCUCUGAUGCGGACGACCCCACCUACGGGAGCAGCGCCCGCGUGGUCUACAGCGUCCUGGAGGGGGAGCAGCACUUCACCGUGGACAGCAAGACAGGGGUGAUUCGGACGGCCGUGGCCAACCUGGACCGGGAGACCCAGGACCGCUAUGAGGUGGUGGUCCGGGCCACAGAUAUGGCUGGGCAGCUGGGGGGCCUCUCUGGCUCCACAACCGUCACCAUUGUCAUCACUGAUGUCAACGACAACCCUCCUCGCUUUCCACAGAAGAUGUACCAGUUCAGCCUGGUGGAAACGGCCCCGGUGGGCACGCUGGUCGGGCGAGUGAAGGCAGAGGAUGCAGAUGUGGGUGAGAACACAGACAUGGCCUAUCAGAUCAAGGACGAGGGGGCCCUGGGACCCUUCCAGGUGGCCACAGACAGCCGCACACAGGAAGCGCUGAUCUCCUUGCAGAAGCCUCUGAACUUCGAGGCCCAGGCUGUCCACACCGUGGUCUUGGAGGCCCUGAAUAAGUUUGCUGACCCCCACUUUAUGGACUUGGGCGCCUUCCGGGAUCAGACCGUAGUGCUGGUCUCUGUGCUGGAUGUGGAUGAACCCCCCGAGUUCCAGGCCCCCAGUGGCCUGCUGGAGGUACAGGAAGAUGCGCUGGUGGGCUCCCUGGUGGGCGUGGUCACCGCGAUGGACCCCGAUGCGGCCAGCAGACCUGUUCGGUAUGCCCUCGAACACCCCAGCGACACGGAGCAGAUUUUUGAUGUCGACCCCCAGACCGGGGCCAUCCUGACCAGCCAGGCCUUGGACCGAGAGACUGCGGGCUGGCACAACAUCACCGUCUUGGCCAUGGAGGCUGACAAUCCUACUCAAGUGUCCAGGACAGUGCUCAGAAUUCGCAUCCUGGACGUGAACGACAACCCACCCGAACUGGCCACGCCCUACGAAGCCGCGGUCUGUGAGGACGCCAAGCCAGGAGAGCUGAUCCAGACCCUUGGUUUGGGGGCCCGGGACGAGCCGCAGAGUGGCCACCGCUUCUAUUUCACGCUAGCCCCCGAGGCUUGUCCACAGUCUAAUCAACAUUAUUCAGUCAUUGAUUGCAUUGUAGCCAACACAGCUGCCCUGCACACUCAGCACCCGGGCUUCAAUCGGCAGGAGCAGGAUAUUUUCUUGCUGCCCAUCCUGGUGGUGGAUAGCGGCCCACCCACCCUCAGCAGCACCGGCACGCUCACUGUCCGUAUCUGCGGCUGCGACAACGCUGGCACCAUCCAGUCGUGCAACACCACCGCCUUUGUGGUAGCCCCUUCGCUCAGCCCCGGCGCCCUCAUUGCCCUGCUGGUCUGCGUUCUCAUCCUUGUGGUGCUGGUCCUCUUGAUCCUGGCCCUGAAGCGCCACCAGAAGGGGCACCUGGCCUCAGAGGAAGACGAGGACAUGCGGGACAACGUCAUCAAGUACAACGAUGAGGGUGGUGGCGAGCAGGACACCCAGGCCUAUGACAUGUCGGCGCUGCGCAGCCUCUACGAGUUCAGCGAGACCAAGGGGGACGAGAAGGGGACGCCCCCCCUGCCCUCGGAGCUCCACACCCUGCCCCAGUGGCGCCAGGCGCCAGACCUCGACUUCGCCCUCUUCAGAGACUACAUCGGCCGCAAAGUGGGGCAGGCGGAUGCGGACCCAUCCGUGCCCCCCUACGACUCCUUCCAGACCUACGCCUUUGAGGGGGCCGACUCCCCUCCGGCCUCCCUGAGCUCCAUCGCUUCCCGCUCGACUGGCUCUGAGCAGGACUUCUCCUAUCUCAGCGGCUGGGGCCCCCGCUUCCGGCAGCUGGCCGUGCUCUACGCCGGGCCCCGAGGCCAGGAGAGCAGCCGGGAGACCUAGCCCCCGGCCAGAGGCCCGGAGUGCCAGCUGGAGCAGGGCUCCUCAGGGCCCCCAUGAAUCCCACCGCACGCCCUCGCCCUCUUCCAGGGCCCCCGCAGGAGCUUGGCGUGAGGGAGGUGGCCUGGCCACCGGUGCAGCCUCCUUGGACUCCCCCUCCUCUUCCUCCUCCAUUAAAGCAUUCCACCUCCCUGGAAGAAGGAGCCAGGGCCAGGCAGCUCCUCUGGCAAAUUAUCAUUUCAGUAUAUCUGUGUAAGGAGAGGGAACUGCCGGUGGGGGGCAGGGGCAGGGAGGCCACCUUUGGUUGCCAAAUUGAUUUUGCCCCUCGAUUCUCAGCGUCUGACGAGCUUUGAUCUGUUGAGCAGCGCCUCUGCCGAGGGCCCGGCUGCUCCCUCUCUGGAGGGCUCCCUGGUCUUGGGGGCGGCUGGCCCUGGGCUCCCAUCCAGACAGAUGGGGCCCUCUUGUACUUCGGCUCAGGCGCUCUGGCCAGUCCGCGGCUCCCGAGGGAGGUCCAGGCAGACCCUUUCCCCAGCCUCCCACCGUGCCGCCCUCCCUUCGCCCCUCCUUGCUGUGCCUCAUCCUUCCUGGCUCUGCAGCAGAAGCGUGGCUGCCCAGAGGUGCCACUGAUCCCCAGGGUCUCCUCCCCACCUUCCUCGGCAUACUGGGGGCUUGGGGAGCCAAAGGUCUGCAGCCAGCCUCCUUUUGUACCUGCAGCCUGCCCUGGAGAUCCUCAGCCCACAACUCCAAUUGGAAAGGGCCCGUGGGGGAGCUCAGCAAGGGGGAUUCCUGGGGCAAAGCUGGCGCAGGAGGGAGCCCAGGGUUCCGGUACCAGGUGGACCUCCCUUCCAUUCUGGGGCGCCUGCCCUGAACCCGGGGCAUUUUAUGGGCUGCUGUCCCCUCCACUUAAGCCUGGUCUGACCUCCCGCUUGACCGAGAGGCCUUGUCUCAGGGUUUCUGCCGACCACCCUCAGCUCCUCGCCGCCCCCGUGGCACCGCUGGCCCUCACUGUGACUUCCCCUCUGGCUCCUUUCUGCCAGGGGCGGAGUUGAGGCUCUUCCCCCUCCUGCUCAGGAACUUUUAUGGGCUUCUUUUCCGGCCCCUGGUGGGGAACCAGCCCCCUCCCCUUGUUUAACUGGAGCAGCCAGCCUCCCAGGCAAGGGGUCAAACAGGGUAUCUGACAUUUUCCAUCCGGAUUCCUUCCACCACUGCUGCACGCAGAACAGCCAUGGGGGGGGGGUCCAUGUGCACCCCUCCACGCCCCAGACACUGCAGUGCUCCCUCUUCUGCACCAUCACUGAGCCCUCCCUUCCCCUGCCCCAAGUGGGGAGGAGCUGGCAGCCCCCACCCCCCACCC